GUAAAGUCAGUGCUUCGAAUCGAGUGCUUCGCGAUUCUAGCCUACUGACAAAAUGUGCACUCUUAUAUAAAAUCAAUCUUACGUUGACAACACGGCUGGUUUUAAAAGCAAAAUCUAUUGAAAUUAUGGGUCAUCUUCGGUGUACCGACGAUGCAUGUUCAUUUGAAAGUAUAUUCCUGAUCUUGGACUCUUAAAACCACUUGGUACAUAUCUAGGAAUUAAGUACAUGCAGGUGUGGAGAUGCCAUCUUGCAUGAGCUCUACCUGGCAUCAUUUACUGCCAGCGUCACUACGGAAAUUAAAUAGCUACAAGUGGACCCCAUAUUUUCUAUAAGAUGGAGGAUUCUUUCUAUAACCUCUCAGUCAAGCAGGUAUGGGAUGUGUACAGCAGAUUGGCUGCUGCUGUGGAGACUGAGACGUCACACCACUACCAACAGAUGAAGAGAGCAUCCCUGGAUUUGUCAAUUAAUCUGGUAUUCCAACAUCUCUGUGAUGGAGGAGAGAUUUCACACAUCUUUGAAAUGAGGAGUGUAGUGAACACGCUUUGUCAGGAGUUCAUGAAUGACAUCAUCCAGGUGACCAAUGGUGAGGAGGACGAUGAUGAUCCUUCUGCCCUACAGAACUACCUGGAGAGAGGCAGAGGCUGGCUACUCCUCCUGCUCAUCAGUAAACAUGGCACUCAGGGGCUGUCAGUAGGCCGAGACCUGAGUAACCUGCUGGUCACCCUCCUCCCCUUCUGUCUUCGCUUCAGAGAUGACACUCUCCCUGGAGAAACCAAGGCUGAUAUGUUGGCAUCCAAGUCAUCAGCUAACUGUCUGCCACCCAUAGGGAAUGUGUUCUUCCAACUUGAGAUGUCAUAUAAAUGGCAGAAAUCGUCCCAGGCCAGGGACAAGGCUAUCCCCAAACACCAGCAGGUCAGGCAUCGUCAUAGCAACAAGCCCAACAGAAAAUUCAGGAAGCAGGCUAAUAAAAACCAAGGAGUUGAAACCUCUGACCAAGACGAAGGUAGUAACCAUUCAAAUGAAGACCAGGCCCCUAAGAUUAGACGGAACAAGAGGCUGAUAAGGAGAUGUUUAAUGUUGGGGUCACGACUCCAGGAGAACUGCUCCAGACAGGAUUCUAUGAUUGAAGAAAAUGAACAAGAAAUCUAUGCCAUGCUGACAGAAGUCAAGAAAGACCCAAAGCACUGUUGUAGUGAAGACCUGUGUAGUCUGAUACUAAACCUGAUUCAAUCCUUGUGUCUACUGGACUUGGAUCAGGUGUCCGUGAUCAAGGUCAUUUCACCCUCCAUCUUGCCACACUUGUUGCAUCUGCUGACAGGCAUGUAUCCCUCAGCAACCAGUGAAAUGGAUGAUUUACUAGCCUCUUCCUGGAAAAAAGAUGACAAUGUUUUCUUCCAGCGACAGUUGUUACGGGUUGUUUUAUCACUAUGUGGGGUCAUAUCUACACAACAAAAUGGCGUCGGGGUGAUCCUAGGUCAUAAGGUCACGUCAGUCCUGUUGGAUGUGGCUCAGCAGGUCCACCACUUCCAAGAAAUUAAAGUCCAGCUAUCCAAGACAAACCAGCCAAGAAAACAUGAGUCUAGGGAUACUGUUGACCAGGAGUUCUGUUUGUUUUCAGAGAUAAACAUUGGUCUACUCAUGUGUUUUGACAUGAUAUUCCAGAAUCUGCCCUUUAAUCUUGUGUAUAUCAAAAAUGCUGUUGAACUUGUAGAAGAUUUUGACCAAGGCCAAGGAUUUAGCUUCCUUGAAUGUGUUAUUAAAGAGUAUGACAAACAGCAGUGCAGCAGGGCAGGUACUGAUUCUUGUCUAGUGGACUGUAUUGAUGUAGAACCUGUAAAAGUCAUCAGCUCUUUCCUCAACACCUUAAAGUCUGUCAAGGUUAAUUACAUUCACUCUGUGUCCUGUCUGAAAAGGAAACAUCAGAAAUGUUACUAUGUUUCCUAUUUUGACCAUCACCAUGACAUUCUGGGGCAGCCAAUCACACUGAGCUCCGAGACAGAGGUAGGCCACCCAGUGGAUUCUGCUACAUCCUCGUCUGAUACCCCUAAUUCCAGUGGAGUUUGUCUGGUAGCAUCAUGGUGCUCAUUUCUACUGUCUGUUCUCCCCACAAUCCAGUCCAAGGUUUCCCAGAUAGAGCUUCUCAGUACACUCCACCUGUCUGCCAUGUGUUGUUGUGUUCCCCUGGAGUCCAUUGUGUCCUGUGUUACUGGCAGUGUGACUGCCUUUCCCUCAGCUGUACAGAGUUAUGCUCUAGAGACACUCAAUAAGAUCAUCCUUUAUCCGUAUCUUGGAGGGAUAAACAGUAUUAAAAGUACUGGUCGGUCAGGGCAUUGUAGUUCACAAUUCUGCCAGAAGUACUCAAAUUAUCAGUCAAAUUCUAAAAAGGAAAGUGAAACUAUCCAACCAAAUAUUGACAGUGGUUUUUCAAGUAGAGAUGUAUUAAGAAAACGUUUGACUCAAAAUCCAGGACUAUCCUCGCGAUGGUCAUCUGUGGAGCUCUUUAGAGCCCUGCUGUUUUCCUCUAAUGCCCAUCUCAGUGAACUAACAGCAAAACAUAUUCAAGUAUUGGUAAUUGGUGCCAAACCUGAUCUGAAACAGGAACUCUUCUUCAGGGUGUAUUUACAUGCAUUCAAGGCUUUCAUUGGGACAUGGGGAAAGCUGACCCAGAGCUCAUCAGAGGAAGUAGAGGGAAUCCAGUUCUCCCUAGCAACCAAGGUACACUGUCUGUCAGCCCUUCCCUACCUCCUAAAGGUGGACUCUGUACUGAAGGUGUUCCUUUCCAAGCGGGGACUAGGACAGAUAUGUGGGCUCCUGGAAGAUGAUGGUCUUCGGGAGCCAACCCUUAAAGUGUUUGAGGCAUUAGUUCUGUUGGAUGAGAAUCGACUCGAGUGCAAUGAAAUUGAAACAGCAGACGGUGAUGCUCUUAUGGGUGGAAUGGUGAUAAAAGCAUUUAUUGAUGGCCUCGCUUUAAAAACCAAGGGUGACAUCAACGAGAAGUCAAUGUGGCCAGGAUGCUGCCCCAGCAAGGAUAGGUUGUCGGGGGAAACGUGUGAUGCAGAGGGUUCAGGGGUGUGCAUCAGGAACCUGGCUCUGAUGGUGGACAUGUGGGAAACAUGCAGCAAGCUGUGCAUCAACAGUGAUAAGUUUGUGUCACAUUUCAAGGAUUCGGACUCCCUGAAAAUAGCCGAGGACACUUUAAUGGUGAUACUGAAGCAGAUGUAUUCACCAAACUGUGCGUUGCCUUCGGAUACAUCAGAAGAUUCAGGUCAAGAGUCCAUUGGGGUAGGGAGCCUUAUGCCUCCUGUGGGAUGCUUCAUGUGGUUAUCCCUACUCAAGGCUCUACUCACUGUUUGCAGUGCCUGCUACAAGUACAUCGGACAUCAGACGGAGGAUGAUGAUGACCAACCAACAAAUCUGGAAGUCAGUGUGGAGAGCGGUAUUGAGGAGAGGGUGUGGCAGAAGAUUAACUCUGCAUUCCUCGGCUGUGCUGGACUCCCUGUCUGUAAACUUAAAAUGCUGUUUGACAUCAUCCUGUCCUCUGCCAUGCCCAAAAAAAGUAGCGUCCUCGACAUGUCACAGUCUAUGAACUUAUCUCACCUGUAUGUUAAGGAAGACCACAUAGAAGACGAUGAUAUCAGACAGAUGUUACAAACUCACAGCGAUGACGACAUUGAGCACCAUGGGUCGACAGAGAAAGGCUAUGACGCUGACACUGAGGUGAUGUCGGAGGGCGAUCUGCGGAGGUUUGGUGUAGUGGACCAACAUGUGCAACGCGAGUACUACCCAUCCAUCUUUCGCCUUGUAGUCAACCUAUUGGUGGCCUCACAGCAACAGGGAGAUGGACGGAAGAUUCUGCCUGAUGUCCUCAUUAAACUUUUACAGACCCUGGGUGCCAACCACGUGGCAGUGCUUGCUGUCUGUGAAGAGGAUCUGCUACAUGUUAUUCUGGAGGGAUUCUGGGAUGAAUUGGUUUCCAAGACAACUGCAGAAUCAGUACAAAAAGCCCUGAUGUCCUUGAUACAGCUACUUGCCCAGCACCGACUGACAGCCCAGGAACUCCAGAAGAUCAUCUGUCUACUCCAGCACCAGGGGAUACCACAGGACCUGGUGGUGUCUACCUUGCUGUCUAUUGUGGAGAAUUCGCGGACCAUGCCUCACCAUUCUGUGACCUUUCCCUGCAGGAGAAAGAAGGUGAGGGACGGUAAGAAGAGGAGGUUUCCCACUCAACAGAGGAAACACUUCGUAUCUGAAGGAUCAGCUGAACUUGAUAAUAGAACAGAUUCUAAACUAAGUAGGAGUGUGUCUGCUAAGCCUGUGUCUGCAUUUUCCUCCUCCUUUGAGCUCGAGGAUAUCACCCUUGACUUUGAUAAUCCUGAGGGUAGAGCAAGACAAGAGCCAUGGCAGCUAGCGGCCAUCACCCAGGAGGUACACAGAGGCCUGGCCUGGCCACCAGGGAUAGAGGGUUUCAGUAUGGCAAUGUGGCUACAGAUAUCUGACAAUGCCAUCCAGACCCAGGGCCAUACCUGGCCCACCAAGAGUCAAGAUUACACCAGCUCAAUGGAAGGUGGACAAUUGUCCGACACCAUUGGGCAUAGAAAACAGUCUGAACUCCUGGCCUCUCAGAACCUUUUCCAUGUUGUAUCCAUUGGCAAUGAGGACAAACUGUUAGAGAUCUGGGUGAACACAUCCAAUAGGAGUCUCUUGUUCAGAGUUACGUCAGAAACAAUCCAGAUUACUGGACCGAUGCAGAAGGAGGCUGUGUGUAAGGAUUGUCUCCACUUGGAACAGUGGCACCACCUAGUGGUCAGUUACAGUGAAGAGCAUGACAAGGAGCUGAGCGGUGAUGACACAAUUCCAAAGCUUCAACUGCUGAAGGGCAAGGUGACCCUGACCUUGGAUGGCUGUAGAACUCACACACUGUGGCUUGAGCACCAGAUGGCACCAUCACCUAAGAAGCAUGCCCACAGUCUGUCUGUUUGUCUUGGGCACGUGUUAGAGGAGCUAUCAGACAGAGGGCCUCUAGCAUCUUGGUCCCUCGCAUCCUUCAUGCUCUUCCAAGGUUGUUCUGUUGGAGAGGAAGAGUGCCUACACCUGUACACACUGGGGCCGAGCUGUCACACCCUGAGUAAGUGUGAUAGUACUGGCAUUGGGCGCUCCUAUCCUCCACGUCUGUCCAAGGUUACCGUGGCCAGUAAAGGGGUAUCCAUGGAUACCCUAGUGGGCCUCAAAGAUGAUGACCUUGACAGUCUCAGAUCAAGCUUGGUGCUUUCAUACAAUGCAUGGAACUCUGACAAUGUGAGUUACUACUCAACAUUUGGUCCCACAAAUGAAGAUUCUGCAGCCAUUAUAACCAAUCUGGGACUGACCGGUGUCCCCUCAAGCCUGUUGUCACAGCAACCAAUCAACAUUCCAACUGACUUCCAAGGAGAGAUAACUCCCCAGACACAUUAUAUCCUGGAGAAGGCACUUGAGGAGGUGGGGGGAGCAUCUGCCAUCUUGUUUCUGGUUGCCAAGGUAUAUGAGGAUAAAGAUCAGAAGUUCAAUGACAGGGAGGUACGCCAGUCGAAGGCUCUACAGCUACUGUUUGCCUUUGUCAACCAUUCAUCAUACGUAGGGCGGGACUACAUGGCCUCAUCGGGUCAUCAGCUCCUCACCAAAGUCCUGACCAGCUCUCACAGCUGUGUGGGCUACUACACCCUCAAGGUGUUGAUGGAUGCCAGUGUCAGUGAGUCACUGUUCCGUUCAGACAUGGGCGAUGUCCUCAUGGUAUUGCGCCGUAAAUCUGAGGCAGUAGUGACCAACAUAUCUGUGAUUGAGGAGCUGCUACUAAACUGGCGGAUCUGGGAAGGGUCUGAAGCUGAUGUCUUUCUCCUCAUGUUCCGUGCUCUUGCCUCGCUGAUCAGGGAAGAUCAUCCUCUACAGGCUUUCAACAUCAAACAGUUCCAGUCCAUCAACAUUCUCAACAAGGUGUUCCUCAUGUACAGGGAGAGGAUCCAGGAUGCACGUCCGUCUUUCUCCACGGACAUUGGUCAGUCUGUAGUCAGUAUCUGCCAGAGCAUGAUGGGAUCACCUCCUGAUGUCCAUCUGAUCGUGUCCAUGUGCGAUUUCUUGUUGAAUGUCCACCCAGCUGCCAGCACAUACAUCAGCCAUGCUAGAGUGGACUUCUACUUCAGCCUGUGGUGGGAUUUACCUGAGACCAGAGCAACAAAAAAGAAAGAAUAUUUGUAUAAGAUCAGACGCCCAAGUACUGCAGAAUCUAAGUCCAGCUCUGUCACAGACCCUGACUUGUCAGAUGAGACCAGUAAUGUUGCGACCAGCCCAGAGGACGACCAGAUAUGUGAGGACAAGUACCCGUCUGUCCUGAAGGCAAGUCCAGAGUCACAAGAGGAAGACAUUAGGACAGAAGCCUGGACAUGGCCAGUUGUACAGGGGCUGAGUGACCGCAGCAGUGCCCAAGUGGACACUUCUGAGACUGUAUCAGAUCUGGAGAACUGUGAGAUCAUCAGCCCUGGUGUCAAUAUUAACACAGCAGACAGCAGUUCAUUCAGCUCCUCACCCACAGAGGCUGACGUUGUGUUAGAAAAAGUCACAAAUAACUUCCCCGACAUCUUCCAGGAAAAUCCAUUACGCAUUUCCACAUUCCCACGUAAAUCUGAGAAUGAGGAGGAAGGAUUGUAUGCACCAAAGUCUGAUGUACAAUUUGAUGUCCCAGAGACUGACAGUGAGGAGUCUGAGAGGGAAAGGGGACUGACAGCCCUGUGUGUAGGGCUACUCCAGACCCUGUCUAGUGUCCUGGUUACCAUGCCUGACAGUACCACACAGAAAGUUUUCAACAAAGUUCUCAAGCCUGACAUCCUCAUUGUCCUAGCCCACAACAGUUCUCCUCAAAUCAGGACAGCUAUACUCAAAUUACUGAUGGUUUACAUGAAGCGAGCCACACAGACCAAUUCUGAUCUGGUCGACAGUUUUCUCCAGAAGAUGGGGUUCCUACUGAUCAGUGCUCAGCUCUACCAGUACCCUACCCAUCAAGAACAGGUGGAGGAAGUCGUCUCACUCAUCAUAGGCCGACCCUUCACCUUCAACAGCAGGUUGGAUCUGGAGGAUUGUCUGGAGGACCUGUCACCAUUACAGCAAGCAGCCAUCGGUCUUUUUAUAUCUCUACUCGACAUGACCGUGUAUGACUCAGAGCUUUGUAGCAGCAGUCUUCUUCUCACCCUACAGCUGUUUACCAAAGACUCCAUAUUUGGAUCCAUGAUGUUGGAGGUUGGUCUAGUGGAAACCCUUACCAACAUGCUUGCUCGAAUAAACAGAUCUUACAGGGAUAGUGACCAGGAGGGACUUGGAGAGCACCAGACGUGUGUGGACACCAUACAGCUCCUACUGUCCUCUAUAGUGGUCCGAGAGUUCAGUGCUAGUGGAUCAUUACACCUGCAGAGAGUUGAGGAGGUCAUGGAGCUGCUGAGAUACCUGGAGGAUAGAGAUAUACAGAGGACAGGAAAUAAGUCUUGUAAGCAGGCCCAGAGUGUGCGAGCCAUCCAGCUACAUAUUAUGUCCAGUAUCUUACACUAUAUAGAGUGUGCAAGUCAGGAAAACAAACCUCUAUGGUUGUCACGACAAACCUCCUCACAGGUUGGCUUCAACACCAGUCUUUAUGGAGGUAGUCGAUCCCGGCACUCAUUCUCCACACCACAGUUUCCUUCCCAUGGACACGCCCUUCUUGGGUACCCCUCCCAGCCUUACCUCCCAACAUAUGGCACACAUCAAGUUUCCAAAAAGGCCAGCUCAAACUUCCAUUUAUCGUUAGAUCUUCCAUAUGAUGAUGCCCAAUCCAGCGACACCGAAAGUCACAUGUCAUACGGGAGUAUGAAGGUAUUACCAGGAUUCGGUAGAACUGUCUCAGUGGACCAAAACCAGUCAAAACAGGGCAAGCCUGGUCUCAUCACUUCAGUGCUGGAGACAUUUGGACGUAAAAAACGACUUAGUGUUAUCCCAAUUUCACACUCAGACCUCAUAGACAGGUUCAAACGCUUCAUGGUGAUGGCUGUGGAUCUGUUUGUAUUCGCUGACAAAGAGACGGUGAAGAGGGAAGGUUAUACUCGUACCCUAAAUCUACUGUUUGAGCGGUCAGAAGUGGACAGCUUAGAAACGUCACACAUACGUAGGCUGUUCGACUUCCUGUACAAGGCAUACGAAAUGACACUUAGUCAAGACAGAAUGGUGCCUAGGAAGCCACGUAACAGUGUGAUGUGGGCGGCCAGGGAUGUGACGCGGGUACAGAUUGGACGGCUCAUGACCUUUCUUCUGUCCCCACGACAGGAAGUGGACAACAGGGCCUACAUUCUGUCCUACCUCCGAGGGGAGAUAAGGGGCUGCGAGAUCCUUAAAGUCAUACUCAACACUGCCAAUGAUCUGGGCUCUGAGAUGGCCUACUACAUGUUUGACUUACUGACCACCUGGGAUGACUGUCUCAACACACAACAGAGGGAAGAUGCUUUCAAGAUUCUCAACAUCAUCAAAAAUGUGGGUAUAGCGAUUGUAUCCCCAAUGCCAAGGAAACACAAGAACACAGAGGUGUACUUCAAAGAGGAGAAGAAGAUGAUUAGUAUUAAAUUUGAAAAGGGAAGAAAACAAAUCACCAAGAGACAUAUUCAAACUAUGGAAAGGGUGCUAAAACGGAAUGACAAGCUCUACUCUCAGUUAUCUACCCUUGCCAUGGAUAUCACUCAAACAGUGACCCGACUACAGACCACAGAACGCAACAAGUUUGUGGAGCAUAUCAAGCGGAGUAUGACGGAGCACAUUCAGGUCAAAAAGUCCUGGCAGAAUAUUGUACAGAACCUCACACAUGAGAGAGCUGUUUGGUAUUGUGCCGACUCUUAUCCACAAUCAUGGCAACUUGACCCCACAGAGGGACCGAGUCGUAUCAGGAAAAGACUGAAACGCUGCCACCUUAAUAUUAAACCAAAGUUCCUCAGCAAAGAAGCAGCCUGGAAGCUAGAAUCUGAAUCUGUGGAUCCACCCCUGAUAUAUCUGUUUGAGGAUGACCAUCAGAUAUCUGACUCAGCUGCUCUCAUCUACCAGCUCUACCGCAAUGAGAAGAUUCAACACACCUGUAAGUGUAAGGCCGUGUCCCCUAACAACGAGAGUAAGGGCGAGCUGUUGAUUGGAGAGAACAGCAUCUUUUUUGUGUCGGACGAAGCCAUCACUGAUGUUAACUACACACAGGUGUUGCUUGGCAACAAGGACCAGUUGUCAAUGACUUGGCCCUACGAGGACGUCAAGGAGAUACGUAGGUGUUGGUACCAACUCCGUGACAUCGGUAUAGAGAUAUUCCUGACAAGUGGCAAGACCUGUAUCCUCGCCUGCUAUAAGACAAAGGAGAGAGAUGAGCUGCACAAGGUUCUGUCCAAUCUCGAACUUCCCAACCUGAUGGAGUCGGAGGACCUUAACCACAUACAGCGCCUCUGGCUGUUAGGGGAGAUAACCAACUUUGACUACCUCACCUACCUCAACAAGAUCUCCGGGCGUUCCUUUAACGACCUCAUGCAAUACCCAGUGUUCCCCUUUAUACUGAAGGACAUGGUCAGCUCCACACUGAAUCUCAGGGACAGCAAUGUGUACAGAAAUCUGGAAAAACCCAUCUCUGUGCAGGAGAAAAGUAGGGAGGAAAUGUACAAGAAUAAGUAUGAGAUCCUGGUGCAGGACUACAUACAUGAGGGCCAUACCGACAUCUCUGGUCUACAGAUGGCACCAUUCCAUUAUGGCAGUCAUUAUUCCAACAGUGGGACUGUGCUCCACUUCCUCAUCCGUGUCCCUCCCUACACUAAAAUGUUCCUCAGUUACCAAGAUGACAACUUUGACCUGCCCGAUCGCUCCUUCCACAGCCUUGAAACAACAUGGAGACUUGCUAGUUUUGAAUCAACAACUGAUGUCAAGGAGCUCAUCCCAGAAUUCUUCUUCCUUCCUGAAUUUCUAGUUAACUAUGAGGGUUUUGAGUUUGGUAAGCGACAGAAUGGCCAGAAUGUGUCCGAUGUAACUCUACCCCCCUGGUGUAAUGGAGACCCCCGCCUGAUGAUCUUGGUCCAUCGGCAGGCCCUCGAGUCUGACUACGUCAGACAGAACCUUCACCACUGGAUAAAUCUGGUGUUUGGCUACCAACAGACGGGACAGGCCGCAGUACAGGCUGUCAACGUGUUUCAUCCCGCGACAUAUUUUGGGAUGGACAUAGACAGUGUGAAGGAACACCUGAAGAGACAGGCCCUAAGGACCAUGGUGAAGACAUAUGGACAGAUGCCUAAACAGUUGUUCAAGCUGCCCCACCCUCAACAGGGGCAAGCUCAGCCUGGAAUUCUCAAACAGCUAAUUGGACAGACAGGGCCGAGUCAUGGCCUGGACUACCGAUCAGCACCCUAUGUGCCGAGCGUUGUUCCCACUGUGAGCAGCCUGAAGUGGGGAGUGUAUGCAGGAUCACCCCAGCUACAGCCCCCCACUGUUGUCUGGCAGGAGAAAUAUGAAAAGGCAUUGGCCUCCCUGUUUGCAUUGUCAACUGGUGAAAUCAUUGGUGUUGGGGAGGACAGCUAUUGUGUUACCAUGAAUAGCAAACAGAAAGUUUCCACAGUGAACUUUUCAACAGAUGUGACAUGGGCAGCCAUCAUUGACUGGCAGCAGCCAGGAGGAAUCCUCAGAAUCAAAAACGACAAAAAUCGACCAAAAACAAAUUUUCUACAGCACAGCCCCUUUGAGCAGAUAACAUGUUUAGCGUCAGUGCCAGACUGUCGUCUGCUGUUUAUUGGAGGUACUGGAGGUGUGAUCACAGUAUACCAGACCAUCCACAACCAGGCCAAGGAAAGUCACAUCCAGGUGAGAGGAAGCAAGAGGAUGUUACACGGCCACACUGACAGUAUUUCCUGCUUGGUGGUCAGUAAACCUUUCAGUGUAUUGGUCAGUAGUAGUCACGACAACACUUGUGUCAUCUGGGACCUCAACAGGUUGUGCUAUGUGAGGUCAAUAUCUAGUCACAAGUCUGGAGUUAAGGCAGUGGCCAUCAGUCCAAUGCUAGGAGACAUUGCCACGGUCAGCAGUCACGGGCCAGGAAGCUGUCUCCAGCUCCACACAAUCAAUGCUGCCCUCGUGGCGUCCUGUAUGUGUGAAGACACCAUCCACUGUCUCACGUUCUCAGCUGCUCCAGAAGGACGAUCCAUCAAUGUGAUCGCAGGUGGUCUUAGCUCAGGAAUGGUCAGGUUGUGGAGCAGCUGGAACCUUGCACCUCUGAGGGAUCUACAACAUGAUUCCCUCCUGGCCAAACCUGUUAUCAGCCUGGCAUACUCGUGUGAUUCCCAGCGACUCUGUGUUUGUUCCUCGGAUGGAACUGUGACAAUGUGGGAGUCGGUGUCAGGCAGACCUACAAAGUGUACAUCACCACAGUUUAUGUCCUUCCUGUGAACUAAGGGAACUGUGAAGAUGUGGGAGUCAGUGUCGGGCAGACCUACAAAGUGUAUAGAACUGAUGGAACUGUAAAGAUGUGGGAGUCGGUGUCGGGCACACUUACAAAGUGUAUAGAACUAAUGGAACUGUGACAAUGUGGGAGUCAGUGUCGGGCAGACCUACAAAGUGUAUAGAACUAAUGGAACUGUGACAAUGUGGGAGUCAGUGUCGGGCAGACCUACAAAGUGUAUAGAACUGAUGGAACUGUGACAAUGUGGGAGUCAGUGUCGGACAGACCUACAAAGUGUAUAUCACCACAGUUUAUGUCCUUCCUGUGAACUGAUGGAAAGUUCACCUAAAGCUUUUACAAAGUCGGCCCUUUAAUGGGAAAGCUUGGAUCACUGUUUUUGAAGUUUGGUAAAUACCAAAGUACACCAUGUUUGUUUUUAUAACUGACUUCAGAUAAUUUAUUUCUGAGAAUAGAAUUUCCCAAAGUGACAAAUAAAAUGUUACAAUUUACUCUUCUAUUUAAUCCAGGAAUAUAAUCUGAUGAAAUAUAUAAGAUUUACAGUAAUCAGGUAUUCAAGUUAUAUAUUACUCACCUGGUGUUGAGGCUUUUAUUCUUGCCCUUUGAAGAUGACAAAAGUUUGCCUGUAUAUUUUACUAUUUGGAAUAUAAAUAACAUUUCUUUAGUCAAAGGGCUUUACAUUUUAGCUCCCAUAGAAAUGGACGUCAGAGUGAACUCUCUUGCCAAAUUUUAAAUAAUCGGAAUAACCUUUUUAUAACAUUCCAGAAGUGAAGGGUACCCUGUACAUAGAGUAGUUUUUAUCUGUAGAUGAUAAUACAGAUUUAGUCCUGACUAGAUACUCUCAGACCAUAUCUACAAGGUAGAUGGUGUGGAUGUAUUUAUACGGUUUGUGUGUUGUCUAGAUCUGUAUAAUAUGAAACGGUAAGAAACAGACAGUGUAGAUGAUUUAUUUAUACAUAAGAAGUGAUGAUCUAUAGAAUGAUCAUGUUUAUGUACACCUAUGUGAUAACUGUGGGAUGGUUUUAAUCUGCACAUGUUUGAGAACUUUAAUAUGUAUAUAUUUCUUGUCUGCCAUUUAUAUUCUAGGAAAAUUUUAAUUAUCAAACAUUGUAAUUAAUGUAAAUUUCUAAUUACAAAGGUAGAAAAUAAUUAUCAUCCAUCAUCAUGCAUCAUCUUACUCUCAAAACAGGGGUGACAAGUCUUAGAUUAUGUACAAUGUUGUUUGUACUACCAUAAUCAUACAUUCCAUGUAUUGAAGGGUGCCAUAGAUUGGUUAUACUUCAAUUUUACAUAAUUAGAUUAUGUACCUGUAUAUGUUACACAUUCCGUGUCAGACACAACGUUAUGAUAUCAGUUAAACUGACUUACUGAAUGUGGCCUAUGCCUCCCUCACCUUAAUCACCAAAUUAUAAAAACUUUUUUUUUUACUUUUAAAGAUUUAGCUUCAAAAUGUUAGCUAAUGUAUGAUAUAUAUUUCUACAUGUAACUUACAAUAACUCAGCUUAACAGGAUCGACAUUGCCAGCCAUAUGUAAACUGUUAGCAGCAUAAUAUUUAUGUCAAAUGUCACUUCAUGGUAAUGAUGUUGCACAUACAAAAAAAGUAUUUUUGAUUGCAACUCAAAUGAGUCAUGUUGAAAAGUAAAAAAUGUUCAGUAAUUAGUCCCACUAAAUAUACAAUUAUGGUUUAUUUGUGCACUAUGUAUAGUAUGCCAAAGUGUAAAACUAGUCUUUUAAGAGAUUAAGUAAGCUAUUUCAAACUAAAUAUAUUGAUUUGGUUCAAUUCAUAACAAGGUAAAUAACUAUGUAGAAAAGUACUGUUCCAGACCAAAUAUAUUGGUGAUGUUUAGAUGAUUUGUACAAAUUAAAAAAAGUUUAAAUGAUAUAAUGUUUCCAUGAUAUAAUGUGAUGGUGAAAUAAUAUAUCAGUGAUAUAAUUUAUCAGUACCAGUAAUAUAAUGUAUCAGAGAUGCAUGUAAUGUAUCAGAGAUGAAAUGUAUCGGUGACAUAAUGUAUCAGUGAUAUAAUGUAUCAGUGAUAUAAUGUAUCAGAUAUAAUGUAUUAGUGAUAUGAGAUGUAAUAUAUUAGUGAUAUAAUGUAUGAGAUGUAAUAUAUUAGUGAUAUAAUGUAUGAGAUACAAUGUAUCAGUGAUAUUUAUAGAUAAUAUACAGUAUAAAUUAGGGUUGACAUAUGCUUAUGGUGUCGUAUAUGUGUAUGCAGAUCUUAUAGAUAAAUUAGUCAUAUGGGAUCAAAUUUAAGGUUUAAACUUCGUCAAUGGGAUUUGUAAACAAGAUAAUAGAUGUUGGGCCUCUAGAGAAUCAGGUUUUCGUCUGUAUCCGCAGAUAAGGGAACAUUGAAGAAACAAACUUGAUCUGCUGCCCCCAUCGCAACACUUUAAAAAUACAUCUCUUCUUCUCUUUUCUCACUUGUCUCCUUUUUCGUGGUGCAGUGUGACCCUGGCUGCAGUAAGGUCUUUUAGCCCCCCAAAAAGCAAAGAAUAAACACUCAUAUUUUUUGUGCUAGUCUAUCAGCCCUGUUGCUGGAUUCUCAAAACACACUGGUGACUAUGUGUUAACCAGUAUUUUUCAUGUUGAACUUUAUCUACUCAAGUUUGUAAACCUGUAUCCCUCUUUAGUGGGUUUACAUGUAUCUACACUUUAGUGGGUUUACCUGUAUCUACACUUUAGUGGGUUUA